GAUGACGCAACAAAACGUAGAGGGAGAGGGCGGGUCUUAAGAAGGCAAACUAGUGCGCUCAUCAUGGCGGGAUGCAUGAAACAACGAAAACACUUGACAGGAUCCCAUUCAGUCGUUUUAACGGUGCUGCUCUUGUGUUUAGCACUAACAUCGUCACAAUAUUCAGGUGGCAAACCUUCAACAAUCUUUCUCGGAGAUGGCGAAGAGCACAAACUAUCGGGUUCCAAUCAGUUCUGCUACACAAACUCCAUAGUUCCAAAUUGGAGGCAGACCUGGACACGAAUUCAGGUCCGAAUUUGGAGUUCAAAUGUGUUCAAAGUGGAGAUGGUUCAAGAUGAGGAGGAGCUGCAGCAACUGGAGCGCUUUUCACUGUGGAAUUGGUUGCAGAAUUUGUUGCGUGAAGGCCACAACGAGACCACCAUCAACAUCCAUCUGUUUAGCAACAGGACGUGUUUCAAGAUCGAGCCCAGCGAUGACGACUACACGGUCAAGUCGAUUCGCAAGUUUGACAUCUAUCUGUUUUUGGUUUUCCUCCUCGGAGUCUUGCUGUUUUUCUUUGCCGACUCCCUUAGCAGGAGUCAAGUUUUCUUCUAUUCAGCUGGCAUGGGCACAGGAAUCCUCGCCUCCCUCAUCAUUCUCUUUUUCAUACUGGCUCGUCUUUUGCCAAAGAAAAGCCCUUUUUUUAUAUUUAUCAUCGGCGGCUGGUCCUUCUCUGUGUAUGCCAUCCAGCUCGUCUUCAGGAACCUCAACGUGAUCCUUCGAGAACAUUGGUCCAUGGCUCUAGGUUAUAUGGCAGUGGUUGGCUUUAUCAGUUUCACCGUGUGCUACCGCUACGGCCCUGUAGUGAAUGAGAAGAGCAUCAACAUCCUGUCUUGGACACUGCAGUUUUUCAGCCUGCUCCUCAUUUAUCUUGGGAAUCAAAUUCAGCAAGUUUCCUUGGCCAUCAUUGUGGCAGCUGUGCUUGCCAAGAAUCUAGGUUACCCCGUCAUGUUGGCGGUUGUUAUAAUAAGCAAAAUCCGCCAGUACGUGGAAUGCAAGCCGCCAAAGCGUCGCCUGUUGACCAUGGUGGAGUAUCGCAAACAAGGAGAGGAGGAGACUCUGCGCGCGCUGGAAGGCCUGCGAAACUUCUGCAACAGUCCCGAGUGCAACGCGUGGAAAGCUGUCAGCAGGCUUCAGUCUCCCAAGAGGUUUGCCGAUUUCAUCGAGGGCUCAUCGCACUUGAUGGCUAACGAGGCGUCAAUGCACGCCCAGGAAUACGGCUGGAAAGACUUUUUUGACACGGACGAUGACGACGACGACGAAGUCACGGAAGAAUCGAGCCGUUGCCAAAACCAGAGUGCAUUGGCGCACACUCCUUCUUUCAGCAACUGCGACAGCUCGCUGGACUUCGAACACUGACAGCGAAAGGGCGCGAAUGUCCAAAAGCGCCUUUUGAUAAAUUUACUGUUAAGGGGUUUGUUCUGAUUGGCUUCCGUGCAACUUGAACCACAGAGUGAGCUGACAGGUUAGUUUUUUUGUUGUUGUUUCUGGAGUUCUGUGCACAAGUCUGAAGUUCAAGAGUUUUUAUACUAGUGAGUGCGGGUGUCGCAUUUUUCUCUCAUAUGACCAAGAUGUCGAGCCAAGCAGGAUUCGUGUCACGCUCAUGUCACGGUUGACGAUUUGUGAAUAAAAUAUUUUUGCGAUAAAAUAUAUUUUCACUGUAUAUGAUGUCUUUUUAAUAGGGCUGUCAAACAAUUCAAAUUUUUAAUCGAGUUAAUUACAGCUUAAAAACUAAUUGUAAUUAAUCGCAAUUCCAACCAUCUAUAAAAUAUGCCAUAUUUUUCUGUAAAUUAUUGUUGGAAUGGAAAGAUAAGACACAAGACGGAUAUAUACAUUCGACAUACGGUACAUAAGUACUGUAUUUGUUUAUUAGAACAAUAAAUCAAGAUUACCGGUAACAUUAUUAACAUUCUGUUAAAGCGAUCCAUGGAUAGAAAGACUUGUAGUUCUUAAAAGAUAAAUGUUAGUACAAGU